AUCUAAAGUCGCUCAGCUCCAAGGCUCAACAGAGCCCCUCAAGUGUGGAGGCGCCCUUCAAACUCCUCCACCGUGAAGAAGAGAAGAAUGGGAGCAUGGCAAGCGAUGAAGACUAGCUCAGUGCGCCGAGGUAGAUGUGAGGGCGUGAGAGCUGUCCAUACCUUCCGGCGAUGAUGGUCCUUGGACGGGAUCACUCUACGCGCUGGACGGUUGAUGGGGAAAGGUUUGAAAGCCAGGGCAAGAAAUGAGCUGUUGAACCUCGAGAGGAUGUUGUGGCCGAGCAAAGAGGAGUGGUGGUAAAGCCACGGCGGCAGUCCGAAUCAAAUCCUCUCAAACAAUCUCAUUGGAGUAAACACGGCGUGGAGUAAUUCUACAUAUGACAAGUGACAACUGACCCAGAGUGGUCUGCGUCAAUAGCCAUAAAGGCGGAGCGACAGAUGGCCGAGGUAAUAGCGCGCAGCGGCAGACCACUUCCAGCACAUAUGCGAUUCACUAGGCUGCUCGCAAACACGCACCACCCAUACCUACCUUUCUACCAACUACCAAACACCUCAAUGAACCACAUGCAUCUUCGGUCUUCGGGGCCACCGGAAUCGCCGUUUCCAGAGACAGAUCUGCCCCAAUCAAUCGAGCUCAAUUGGUACAACUACAAUCAGACAAUGAAGACAAACAGGGACGAAAAGAGGCUUAUCAAGUUGACGUUUUGCUGGAUCUCAGGGGCACCGGGCAGAGCAAUCAAGAACGGAAGACGGAGGCGAGAUUUUCCGCCAAUCAAGUUUAGCUUUUUAUCUUGAUGCAUUGGGUUGUCUGGACGUGUCUGGAUGGGUUGGAGAAAAAGGGAUGGGCGAUGGAAACGUAUGGGUGUGGUAGAAAGAGAGGAGAGAUCAAGGAUGGAGUUUGGUGGGCUGAAGGGUCGGAUGCCAUGACCGCCGACGUGGCGUGACGUAAACCCUUGGCUUGUGUUUGGUUCCGAGCAGCAUGUCUGGACUGAGUACGAUCCCGCCAUGACGCGCCGCUGGUUUGGCCAUCUCUACAGCUCCACGGCUCCAAAAUCCAGACGCCGUGCUUCGCCCAGACUAUUCAGCAGUUCAGCGG